UGGUAACUUUGGAUCGAUAAUAAAUUCCUAAAGACUUGGACUCUAGAGCUUCCUCUUAUGUGAAAUUAGGUAAGCACAUCAACAACAGUGAUUUGGUGGCUUUGAAGAUCAUCAAGGACAGUGAUUAUCGGAACGGUUACUCUGCCGCGACUUUAAAGACCAAAAUAGAGAUUAUGAGUGAUAUUAACCACCCCAACAUUAUUAACAUGCUAAAUAGCACCAAUAGUGAACUUGCUUCAGGUGGGGAACUGUUCGAUUUCAUCGCUCAGAAUGCAAGCUUCUCAAAGCCUGUAGCAAGAUUCUAUUUCCAUCAGAUGAUAGAUGCUUUUGAGUAUCUAUACUUAAAUUGAAUUAGCCAUAGAGACAUGAAGCCUGAUAAUAUUAUGUUUAACAAAGAGUUCAACCUGAAAAUUGCAGAUUUCGGUUUGAGUUUUAAAGCUGCUUCCAAUCAGUCCUUUAAGAGUACGAGAACUACAUGGCUCAAGAUAUCCUAAUUGGCGGAGAGUACCACGGUCAGAUGGUAGAUAUUUUUGCUGCUGGAAUCAUUCUUUUCAUUAUGGUAACCCAGAUCCCUCCAUUCCAGAUGGCCCAUCCCUAGGACGGUUGGUUCAAGUUUGUAUGCUUUGAUAGGAUAAACAAAUUCUGGGAGUAUCAAGUGCAGAAUCAUCCAAGAGGAAUAGAAUUGUUCUCAAAGAGCUUUAUCGACUUGAUAAAUUAGCUUUCAACUUCGAUCAUACAACUAGGCCUUCAUUAUCCUAGAUCAAUAUAAGAGUGAUACACUGGGCCAGUCAUGAUUAAAGAUGAAAUUACUGAAUAGUUUACUAAGAGUCAAGCUAUGCUAGAUAAAUGCUCUAAUGAUACAUUCUCAGAGGCCGAUGUUGCACAAGGAGUCUAUGAUUCUAAAUCAGUCCACAGGGAUGUCAAGGAAAUGUUGAAGAGCCCUCGACUCUUCCAGUACUCCACAUGAAAGGGGUUGAAUGCAUUGCUUGUUUGGGUUACCUUAUUAAAUUCUUUUCUGAAUCUUUUUUGGAAGAGCUCUUCGCUACUAUUGGCCAAUUUGCUAUAUCAAAAUCGAGCCAUUACAAGUUUUCAGCAUUGGAAUAUCCAAUUAUUAUGAAUAUCGCUGAUAAUAGCGAACAGAGAGUUAAACUUCAAGAUAGCAUUGCUGUAAACUUUAGGAUUGAAUUAAAAAUCUAAUUUUUAAUAUUUCUAUAACCUUUCUUUGAGAGAAACUCUCGGAAAACAAUAGCAUGAUUAUUCAAUAUAUCAGAUGUUGAGAUAUCUUAAAUAUGCCAGAUUUGUUAAAUAAUACCCCUGGAAUCUUCUAAUUAGUACCUAUUCUCUUCAACCUUUGCUGAUACAAUAUGGAUGCUGGCGAUAACAAUCAUCCUAUUGAAUGUACCAAAUUAGCAGGAGACAGAUUCCAGUUCAAUGAUAUUUAUAAAGAAAUCAAGGUCUUGUUCGGAGGCCUCAUCAUCACCACUGCAUAAUUUCGCAUAUUUAAUUUCGAAAUAGAAAUCUAUCAGAGGAAAUUAUUCUGUUGCACUUUAUGAUCACCUCUUGAGAAACUUUUCCUGUUAAUUAAUUAUGCACUUCCAUAUACAGGAAGGAGUAAUUAAUUUGGAAAGAGUAGCAUAGCCACGUCUUAAAGAAAGACACUGGUUUAGCUUAAUAUUCUGAUCAUAAUUUUUACAUU